CCAUGUCGGUGAGGGUGCGGUUCCUGUCCCCUGGGGACACAGGGGCUGUGGGGGUCAUGGGCCGGAGCGCCUCCUUCGCAGGUUUCAGCAGUGCACAGAGCCGGAGGAUCACAAAGUCCAUCAACAGGAACUCCGUGAGAUCACGAAUGCCUGUAAAACCCUCCAAGAUGUACGGCACUCUGAGGAAGGGGUCCGUGUGCCUGGACCCCAAGCCCCAGCAGGUGAAGAAGAUCUUUGAAGCAUUGAAGAGAGGCCUCAAAGAGUAUCUGUGCAUCCAGCAGGCUGAGCUGGAUUACCUGUCUGGACGCCACAAAGACACCCGGAGGAAUUCCAGGCUGGCUUUCUAUUAUGACCUGGACAAGCAAACACGCUCUGUGGAAAGACACAUUAGGAAGAUGGAGUUUCACAUCAGCAAGGUGGACGAACUCUAUGAGGGCUACUGCAUCCAGUCCCGCCUGCGUGAGGGUGCCUGCAACAUGCAGCGGGCCUUCUCCAGGUGUCCACCGAGCCGCGCCUCCCGCGACAGCCUGCAGGAGCUGGGCCGCAGCCUGCACGAGUGCACCGAGGACAUGUGGCUCAUCGAGGGGGCCCUGGAGGUACACCUAGGAGAGUUCCAUGUCAGGAUGAAAGGCUUGGUGGGCUACGCACGCCUGUGUCCCGGAGACCAGUAUGAGGUGCUCAUGCGCCUGGGCCGACAGCGCUGGAAGCUGAAGGGCCGGAUCGAGUCGGAUGACAGCCAGACCUGGGACGAGGAGGAGAAGGCCUUCAUCCCCACCCUGCACGAGAACUUCGACAUCAAGGUGACAGAGAUGCGGGGCCUGAGCUCGCUGGUGGUGGGCACCGUGACGUGUGACAUUGCUGACUUCUUCACGACGCGGCCACAGGUCAUCGUGGUGGACAUCACAGAGCUGGGCACCAUCAAGCUGCAGCUGGAGGUGCUGUGGAACCCAUUUGAUACCGAGAGCCUCCUGGUGUCACCCAGCCCCAUGGGCAAGUUUUCUGUGGGCAGCAGGAAGGGAUCCCUGUACAACUGGACACCCCCAAGCACCCCCAGCUUCCGGGAGAGAUACUACCUGUCUGUCCUGCAGCAGCCAGCACAGGAGGCCUUGCUGCUAGGUGGGCCAAGGGCCACCUCCAUCCUCAGCUACCUGUCCAACAGUGACCUUCGGGGUUCCAGCCUGUGGAGCCGAAGUCAGGAGCUGCCUGAGAUGGACUCCUUCAGUUCCGAGGACCCCCGAGACACCGAGACCAGCACGUCAGCCUCCACCUCAGAUGUGGGGUUCUUGCCCUUGGCACUUGGCCUCAAUGCCUCCAUUGAAGAGGAGGCCCAGGAGGACCCCCCGUCCCCGGGCCUUCUGCCAGACAUGGCCCACCUGGUGGAAGGCUCAUUUGUGGAGCAGCCCGACUGUAGAAACUUGGGAGUAGAGAGCCCCAACCUACCCCAGGGCCUCCCAUUCCACAACUGCACAAUCCCAAAUAGUGAGAAAGGCCGGGAUGAAGGAGAAACCAGGGACAGAGCAGAUGGGCCUGGCUUGGCCCUUGAGAGGCCUCUGCAGGAGGUCCUGGAGUUAUUGAGGUCCAUGGACCCCGCCCAACCCCAGCUCCGGGAGCUGGAGUACCAGGUCCUCAGCCUCAGGGACCGGCUGAAGCCCUGCAGAGCCCAGCAGGAGCACGCGUCUGCUGAGAGCCUGAUGGAGUGCAUCCUGGAGAGCUUCGCCUUCCUCAACGCGGACUUCACCCCAGAUGAGUUGUCCCUGCUCAGGGGAUCCCAGGGCCCCGGAAAGGACAGGACCCUGCCCCCACCGCCAUCGAGAGCAUCAUCCAGGGAGCUCACAGCCGGUGCCCCGGAGCUGGACGUGCUGCUCACAGUCCACCUCCAAGUCUGCAAAGCCCUGCUGCAGAAACUGGCCUCCCCUAAUUUGUCAAAGAUGGUCCAGGAAUGCCUUCUGGAAGAAGCAGCGCAGCAAAAGCAAGUUCUGGAGACGCUUUCUGUCCUUGAUUUUGAGAAGGUCAGCAAGGCGGCAAGCAUUGAAGAGAUCAUUCCACAGGCCACGCGGAGGAAGGGGUGCCUGAAGCUGUGGCGAGGGUGCACAGGGCCCGGCGGGGUCCUGUCCUGCCCCGCCACGACUCUACUGAACCAGCUCAAGAAAACGUUCCUGCACAGAGUCAGAGGGAAAUACCCAGGACAACUGGAGAUAGUGUGCCGCAGGCUCCUGGAGCAGGUGGUCAGCUGCUGUGGGCUGCUCCCUGCAGCUGGAGCUGGGCUCCCCGAAGAACAGACCAUCACCUGGUUCCAGUUUCAUAGCUACCUGCAGAAGCAGAGUGUCUCCGACCUGGAGAAGCACUUCGCCCAGCUCACCAAGGAAGUAACGCUCAUCGAGGAGCUGCACUGCACGCAGCAGGUGCAGACAGUCAGGAAGCUGCAGGGGAAGCGGCUGGGCCAGCUCCAGCCCCUGCCCCAGACCUUACGAGCCUGGGCAGUGCUCCAGCUGGACGGGCCUCCACGGGUGUGCAGGGCAGCCAGCACUUGCCUGGCCAGCGCAGCCAAGAACAGAAGCUUCCGGGAAAAGGCCGUGCUCUUCUACACCAGUGCCCUGACCGAGAAUGACACCGAACUCCAGCAGGCCGCGUGCAUGGCGCUCAAACACCUCAAGGGCAUUGAAAGCAUUGAUCAGAUCGCUAGCCUGUGCCAGUCUGACCUGGAGGCUGUGCGUGCAGUGGCCCGGGAAACCACACUGUCAUUUGGUGAAAAAGGACGCUUAGCUUUUGAGAAAAUGGACAAACUUUGCUCAGAACAAAGAGAAGUCUUUUGCCAGGAGGCAGAUGUGGAAAUCACAGUAUUUUAAAAAGCCAGGGCUCAUGAGGUCAAAUCCAGUGUCCUGUUUUUUGCUGCUGCCCAGCCUCAACAUAGCACCUGAGCUUUGGGUGGGGCACACGUGCUUCCCCAGAAGUGUGAGGCUGCCUGUUGCCUGAGGCUCUGGACCUCUCACAAAGCCCCAGGGCACAAGUGGAGCUUUGUACAAAAGCAGGAAAAGGUGAUGCACAGCACUUCGAAGUCUGCACGGUCACAAAUGAGCACUCAACUCUUGGCUUUGGAAACCUGUCUGACCUUCCCCAGGCUGGGCGUGGCAGCCAGCCACGCUACCAAGGGGCGAAGGCCAGGCAAGUUGAGGCCCUGAAUAAAAGGCUCGAAGACGAGUGUGCGGAGCUUGAGGUCUCCCUGCACAUCAGCUGGCUCAGCACUUCUGGUUCAACAAAUACUGGGAUUGAGGAGGCCGACAGGCCAGCCAAUUGGCCGUGCUAAUGAAUGACUGCAGUGGCUCAAGUCAUUUCAACAGCAGCCGGCUGUCACCUCGAUAAGCUGAGGAAGGUGGGAAGGCUCAGAGCCAGGGUUUCGAUGACCCACACUCUUAAUGUGAGCUGCAGCCCAAAUGCCAGUGGAGCUUGACAGCAGCCGGCUGCCCAGGACCUUAUUUUCACAAUGUUCAACAGCGCAAAGGAAAGAAGAUACAUCAGCCAAGGGGCCUGAGUGUCACAGGCAGUAAAACCAUACAAAUCAAAAUGAAAUCCAACUUGUGAAACAAGUCAACCUAGGGCCUAUUAAAUAAACUGUUCCAGAAUCAAUCAGCUAUUUUGAAGGAAGAUUUCACUGAAGUUCAUGUUGUUUUAAAGAAAGAGAAUUAGUUUCCUAUUUAAGUCUACUACAUAAAAGCAAAACAAAACACCAUGUCCUGAGAUGUCUCUGUAUUAGUAAUGUAGAGAUAACCUGGGGUUUAAAUGUUCUAUCAACAAUGGCAUUAGAGAACUUUGUAACUUAAACAUUCUCCCUUAAACUUCCUGUACAUAUUUUGUUUUUUUCUUUUGAUUUAACUUAGUAUUUAUUUGCCUUGUUCAUGUUUAAUUUUCUGAAGUUUCAAUUAAACUAUUUUAAUUGGUAUAUCACUUCACCCAAAAAA